GGUAAUAAACAUAUUAGCAACCGAAAUUAAAUAGAAUUAACUUGAUUGAAAAUGUAGAUUUUCUUUUUCUAAUUGCUACCUUUGCAAAAGGGCAAAUAGCAAUAAUUUUCUUUUGUAUUAUUUCAACUGUCUAUUCCCUUUUCUAACUAACCCUCAAUAUUUCUCAUUCCUUUUUAAGACCAUUUCCUCUCCUUUCAUCUUCCCACUUCUCCACACAAACAAGAGACAGAGAGAGAGAGAGAGAUUAUGACAAGUAGAAGGGAAAGAAGUUCAAGAAUUACAGAAGAUGAGAUCAAUGAUCUCAUCUUGAAGCUGCAUCCAUUGUUGCAGGAUUCAAGUUCAAGGUGUAACACAAAGGUUUCAACAGCAAAGAUUUUGAAGGAGACAUGCAAUUACCUCAAGAAACUGCACAAAGAGGUGGAUGAUCUAAGUGAGAGACUGUCUCAGCUUCUUGCUUCUGGAAAUGUGGAUGAAGAUACUAUUAGGGCACUCCUCCGACGUUAAAUUUGUCGCGUGUUUGUUUAUAUCUCGUAUUUUCAGAUGUCUUUUAGAAUUCAAUAUGAGAUGUAACACAAAAUUUGAAAUGGAGGAUGCAUAUAUAAGUAACAAUAUUAGGGUUUUGAUGAAGCUAUAGCAUUUCUCAUCCAUUAAUGGUGCAUGAAUAUAAAAAUAAGUACAUAUUUCA